GCAAACAAACUCGCCAUCACCAUACCAAGCACCAGCUAGACCUUCUAUAGUCCAUUGGCCCUCGUCUCAGCUCGUCUCCUAUAGCGUAUCACAAACAGGAGACGACGAUCAAUGGCGGCUAGUCCGAGCACAUUCCGAUUUGCUGCCGUAGUGGCCGUGCUGUCGACCCUGUCACUUCUUGCAAGCCCUACCUCCGGCUACGAGAACGCCGAGCCCAUGGUGAUCAGGGACUCGCCGCAGAACGACACCAGCAGGAGGUACCUGUGGGCGUCGUCGGCGCGAGGCUACGGCUGGUCCUCCGGCGGCGCGACGUGGUACGGCAACGCUAACGGCGCCGGCAGCGACGGUGGUGCUUGUGGUUAUAAAGGUGAUGUCAGCCAGCGCCCAUUCAGGUCGAUGAUCGCGGCCGGCGGCCCUUCCCUCUUCAAGAACGGCAAAGGAUGCGGCGCAUGCUACCAAAUUAAGUGCACGGGCAACAGAGCCUGCUCCGGCCGGCCAGUGACGGUCACCAUCACCGACUCCUGCCCCGGCGGUGCGUGCCUUGCCGAGUCGGCGCACUUUGACAUGAGCGGCACGGCCUUCGGCGCCAUGGCCAACCGCGGCAUGGCUGACCGCCUCCGCUCCGCCGGAAUCCUCAAGAUCCAGUACAAGAGGGUGCCCUGCAAGUACAACGGCAGGACCGUCAACUUCAAGGUGGACGCGGGGUCCAACCCGUACUACCUCGCCGUGCUGAUCGAGUACGUGGCCGGAGACGGCGAGAUCUCCGCGGUGGACAUCAUGCAAGCCGGCUACAACUCGUGGACGCCGAUGCAGCAGUCGUGGGGCGCCGUGUGGCGGGUCAACUCGAACAACGGCCAGCCGCUCCGCGUGCCCUUCUCGGUCCGCAUCACCUCGGGCGCCGGCAAGGUCCUCGUCGCCAGGAACGCCAUCCCCGCCGGAUGGAGCGCCGGGAGGACCUACCGCUCCGCAGUGAACUUUGGCUACUGAGCCAGUGUGCGGGUAGAAGUUGUUUCUUCGGUCUUGAAUGAAUUUGGUAUGUGCGUCCGGGAAAUGCGAGAGGCCGCGCUGGAAGAGGAGGUUAGGUAUAUUCGUGCAUGUUGUGCAUCCCCCCACGGUGUGUCCGGAAAACCGUGGAAGGGUACUCCCUCCAAAGACGACCACAGUGUGUUUUCCCUUGUGAUGUAAUGAUGUCUUGGUGUCCUUAAUGCAGAAGCAUAACUAUUGGAGUCA